AUGCCCCCCAAGAAGCGCGGAGCACCCGCCAACACCUCCGCACUGCCAAAGCGCGGGCGCGCAUCCAAGCUCGCGAAAGAGAACAACAUCAGCGCAGAGGAAGAAAACGAGAUAAAAGAAGUCUUCCAACUAUUCGCAGCCCCGAACGAAGCCUUCCCCGACGAGAAGGAGGGCGUCAUUCCACGGGAAGAUGUGCGCAAGGCAUUGGUAGCCCUCGGCCUCCCACCCAGCGACUCAAGCGAACUUGCCGAAAUACUCUCCGCGCUCGAUCCAACCACCUGCGGCUUCAUACCCUACAGCCCAUUUGUCUCGAUAGCAGCAGCUAAACUACGUUCUCGCGACGAAGAUGCCAUGGCUGCCGAGGUAGAUGAUGCUUAUCAGUUGUUUACGCAUGGCACAGACGGACCAAUUACCUUGUCGCAUCUGCGGCGCAUUGCGCGCGACUUGAAGGAGGAUAGUGUUGGUGAUGAUUUGCUUAAGGAUAUGAUUCUUGAGGGGAAUGGAGGUGCUGGAUUGAGUGCUGGUGUUACUCUGGAGCAGUUUCAUGAUGUGAUGACUAGGGCUGGUGUGUUUUGA